UAACAUAUUGUUUGGCGUCCUUAACAACGCCUUUGGGUGCUAAAGGCUCUCAAUACUCGUCUCCUAUCACGUUUGAGCGGGGGCGUUAGUUCCUGUUCAGCCGAAGCAGCAUUACAAGUGUUACAUUUUACUACCAGCUCAUAGCAACAGUCAAACCACGGUGCUUUCCUUGAAGCAAUGGGGUUUGAUUGUGAGCUUACGAAGCACGAGCUUUCUCUGUUCUGAUCAGGCGCAAUACUAUAAGACUUGUUGAUAUUCAGGAUGCUUUGACCAGUGGGGAAAAACAGAAAGCUAUCACGCCUUUGUGUUUUCUUCUGGCGCGGAUCUCGGGAAUACAGGAAAAAGAUGUGUGCGCAUGGAAUUGAAUACACGCGGUAGACACCCCACUCCUUUCUUUACAGCUACGUUUUGAUUACUUUUGGUCUGAGCGGUUUUAAUGAAAAUGCCGUAAGUCGCUUUGUUUUCAACGCUGCUGGAAGUCUCUUGAGUUUAUUUGUUUGUAUUCAGUUGGCACACCAGACAGACGUCAUCAUGUAAGGUCCCAGCUCAGCUUUAGUUACAUUUUCCAAAUUGUUAUACAAUCGGCACGCUUUUUACUGCAAAACAAGAAACUGUAUACACUCAAAAGGAAAUCUUUCUGCUCUUCACUAAAUGGAAUAUGAAGAGAAGAUGCUUUGAAUGUGCGCCUGGCAUCCAUUCGGAUAAGUUUUUGGAGCGUAAAUAAGCGCAUAAUAUUUUAUGAAGUUCUAAAUCGUGUCAGUGUUCUACAUAGCCUAUUAUUUUACAUGCCACUCCUCAAAAUGGACACUUCGGGAAAUGAAGCUUCGACGACAAUCGUCCAUUUUAAGAGAAGUAAAGCAGAUGGCUUAUAAACUUGGUGAAUAUGUGAGUCUAAACACCGUAAUCGCACAGUCCCACCUGGGAGACGGGCGGACGUCCUUCACGAGUAAUAUUUACCGGAAAAUCUUCUGUUUUUGUUGCUGUUUGACUGCUCACCCAGGGGUGGAAAUCGCUGUCCAGCGUUCUGAAUUUUACUGCAUUUCCGACAACUAGGAGAGAGAAUAUUAAUAAAGUGAUUUCAAACAGAUGGAAAGGUGAAAUUUAGACGUUUUUCUUUGCAAACAGAAAACAUGUAGUAAAUACAAAAAUCCCAUUCCUUAUAAGUUUGGGUCACAGUAGCAGUAGUAAGGGGUUUAUCCUUUGUUACACGGCAACAGUGACAAUUCUGUAUAGUCUCUUCAACAGUGCCGUUCAAGAAUGACAGCACACAGCUUGAUGCCGAUUUUAAAAUGUCGUUUUUGGACUUGCUGUGCUAAUAUCAGUUUUUAUUGCUGAUAGAUCAAAAAUAUUUUAGGAACAAGCAUGGGACAGUAGUAAACUGCAUAUGCAGAAGGAGGUUAUUUAUGUCGUCAGUGCUUUGUGAAAGGAGGAUUUUUGUUUAUUAAGACAUGGCAGCGGCGAUUGCCAGCGGUUUAAUCCGACAAAAAAGACAGGCUCGGGAGCAGCACAUAGACCGGCCGUCCACACAUAGGAGGCGGAAAAGCCCGAGCAAGAACAAGGGACUCUGCAAUGGAAACCUGGUCGAUAUCUUCUCCAAAGUGAGAAUCUUCGGGCUCAGGAAAAGAAGACUUCGGAGACAAGAUCCCCAGCUAAAGGGUAUAGUGACCAGGUUAUAUUGCAGGCAGGGAUACUACUUGCAAAUGAACCCAGAUGGAUCUCUGGAUGGGACAAAGGAUGACAGCACUAAUUCUUCUCUGUUCAAUCUCAUCCCUGUGGGUCUUCGAGUUGUCGCUAUUCAGUCUGUGAAGACAGGCUUGUACAUCGCCAUGAAUGGAGAAGGCCACCUAUACACAUCAGAACUCUUUACGGCAGAAUGCAAGUUUAAAGAGUCGGUAUUUGAAAACUACUAUGUGAUCUACUCGUCCAUGUUGUACAGACAGCAGGAGUCAGGUAGAGCUUGGUUCCUAGGUCUUAAUAAGGAGGGUCAACCCAUGAAGGGAAAUCGAGUGAAGAAAACAAAACCAGCUGCUCACUUCCUGCCCAAGCCAUUAGAAGUUGCCAUGUACAGAGAGCCGUCAUUGCAUGAUAUUGGGGAAACUGCCCCGAAGGCCGGGAUACCUCCCAGCAAAAGCACAAGCGAGCCUGUGGUGAUGAAUGGCGGAAAACCGGUCAGCAAGCCCACCAAGCCCACAUAGCCAGGCCUGCGGACCCAGCGCUGACUAGCAUAGAGGGAGUUUACUCUCAGCUCAGACUCAGACUCUCUCUCUGUCUCUCUCUGUCUGUGGAUAUCAGGUUUCAGGCAAAAGCUCUCCCUCCUCAACCUUCUUUUCAAAGCCGUCUCGUCGUCAGUGGAACGUUGCAGAAGCGUGCGUGAGAAACCCGCGAAGGAAGAAGGGGGGAGACAAAUGGAUAACCAGCUAGACUCUGACCAUGGAAUGCUGUACCAGAUAUGGAAUGCCUUUUUAAAUAUUUUGUUCUGUAACUGUGACAAUCCAUGAGAAUGAUGUAAUUUCACAGACACACGUGAUACCUUGCCUGCUGAUGGUUACCCAUAAUUCCCUCUUUUCAGCUCCCCCUACCCACCCCCUGUGCAGCGGAGUCUGUGUAAUUCAGAUCUAUUUUCUAUAAUGCAGUACGCCAACUGAUGUUCUGGGCUGAUGCUGUACAUAUAUACACUACAAAUUAUGGAUUGUCAUCCUGUAUUUUUUACAAGUAUUAUCUGUCCUUUUGUUCUCUUUCUAUCUCUGUUCACUCUCUCUAUCAGAUACUUUAGGAAUCUUUGCAGGGGCUAUGUAUGAUUUUGUAACCCACAUGUCCCCACACACUCACACACACACCGAUACUGAUACACUAUAAGGGUGAAGUGAACUGAUUGCAGGGAAGCAUUCAGGAAGACUUGGGGUAAACUACAUGCAUACCACCCCAUAAGGUGAAACUCAGCCAAAGCCUGAGGCUCAGUAAAUUCUUACUUCCUGAUAAAAAUUGAGCUCUAAGCCGGAACAGUGCUCCUGAUGAGCUUUCCGCUAAGGAAGUGCCGAUGAAGCCCGCAGAGUGAAGAUAACUUGCUCUGGCAAGCACAGAGCUCUGUAUAUGGAGUGUAUACAUAUCACAGUCUGGUUCCCCCAGUAGUGACGGUUGUCUCUCCCGGUAAAUAGGAACCUUAGUUCUAUUUUUGUUGUCUGUGGUUUGUAUCUUAGAGCGUGGGCUCUAGGUGUAUGUUUGGGCCUUGUAGGCCUUGUGUCUGAAGCCCAGUCCUCACAAGCUGACCCCUCUGAACGGUGGGCCGUGCGCAUGAACCAGACGCACUGGUGGCAGCCAUUUAACGCAAAAGCGUCUAUUCUAGUCGACAAACAAAAAACCUAAAUGGCCGAAUCAUUAAGUAGACGCCAUAUUACUGCUGGCUGCAUUCCCCCAUUCUGUUCAGCAAAAAGCAUGGGCAAGGUUAGUGUCGUGUUCUUUUCUUGCAGCUGUGAUGCAAGAGGAAGCUUAUAUUCUUAUGUUUUCACUGUAUAAAAUAAUAAUUAUAUUAAAAAAGGUUUUUAACGACUAGAGGUAAUAAAAUGAUUUUUUUUUUUGUUUUUCCUAGCUCAGCAUGCAGAGUCCAAAACAGCUCACAUUGGCCUUUCACGUGCCUGUGCAGACCUGUAACCCAACGCGCAAAAAUAUGUACCCAGUCACGGCUGGGUUAAAGGUGCCUCAUCAUUCGUCCAUAUCUGGUAGAAACUAAGUAGCAUAUUUAAGGGACAAACGAACUUGAGAUAUAUUUUUCUUUCUCUCCACUCUGCUUACAGAGAUUGGUCUUUAAAUUACCAAAGUGUUUAUGUCCUUGACUUUAAACCUAGUAAUGAUAGUAAUAAUGAUGACGGUGACAAACAAAGGCUAUUAAAUGCAUCUUACUUUGUUUGUUUGAUUUCACUGUGAUGACCGUUCCUUUUUUUUGCAUUCCAACAUUUUUAAAAAAGUCAUCUUCAGGUGGAGUUUUCGCUCAUAUCUGAGGGAUAUAAUCAAUGCUAUUGAGACUUCUCACUUCACUUCACUGAAAUCACUUCAAUAAAUUGUUAAGUGCAUCAAAUAGAUUUCUGUAGCUACUCAUGUGCAUGCAUUUGUUUAAAGGACCAAAAUAUGCACAUGUUUGAAAAGAAUAUUCUUCUGUGAUAUUCUUCUGUUAUGGUAGCAUAAGCUGAUGUUUGGUUCUGAAUUAGAUUGGCAUGUUACUAUAAAACAAUUAGUUCAUACCACCUUCUGAUUUCAGUUCAUUUUCAGUUCUGAAUCAUCAUCUGAAAUCUUUUUUGUUUUUCACAAUUUAUCAAUGAUUGUCUGAAUCAAUCAACAGAUUUAGUAUAGAAUUGACAUGGUUUAACAAGUUUCAUGAUAGUUUUAUUACAUAGGCAUUAGAAUGACAUGAUUUUGACUGACGUUAUGCUGCUGAAUCGCAAGUAUGUUAUGAAAUUAAUUUGAAUGUUUAUACUUUCCUAAACAUAUUGAAUUAUAAGCUAAUUUCCUUUAGGAGACCUUGAAGCACAUUAUAGUUAAAUAUUUGUCUGUAAAAAAAAAAAAAAAAAAGCUAUGUUACGGCUAUUAUACAGUACAAUGAUAUACGCAAAAGACGUUUUAAAUCUGUUUUGUCCUGAUGACACAAAUAAUCAUUUUCAAAAGUGAACUCUACAUGCUGGGCUAUACUUGCCCUGACCAGUUGACUGGUUAAACGAAGGAUGAAUUUAUUUUUGUAUAUGACUGGUGUGUAAAUGUACAUCUCUGUUUUCUGUCAAUUUAUUAUUAUUAUUAUUAUUAUUAUUAUUAUUAUUAAGUUUGUCGGUCAUGAUGUUUGCACCAAUGAACAGUUGUCUUCAAACAAUUUUGGUAUUUUUUUUUUUAGCAAUGAGACACAGCAUUGGAAGAGGGGUCUGUGUUUUGUUUUAAGUUCAGCAACUACAUGAUUUCUCUUUUGUCUCACCUGUUGCAUGGGAAGAGGAUGGCUUAAAAGAACUGCAUGUGGUAGGCUAUGUGUAUCAAGAACUGUCAGUAUGUACUGCUAACUUUACAUACAUAUAUGCAAAGAGUUUGUCUGCACUGUACAGUUUGUGUUUCUUUGUUGUAUACAGAGGUACAACUUGUUGAAUAAAAUAUUUAUAUAAAGGCGUACUGUAAUGUCAGUAACAAACUUAAUGCAAUACAUUGUGCAGUAUAUUAUUGCACCAGUCAUUUGAGAGGUUAAGUGAACAGAGAGGUUGCCUAGUACUAAAAAAGCAUGAAAAGGCCAAAGCAAAAAAGUUUGAUCUUAUUUCAAUUUUUUCUUUCUUUUCAUCAGACUUCUUUUCAGCGAUAGGGAAAUAGAUAAUCCACAUUAUGACAAUGUGUGCAUAAAUAUGUUUUGCAUGUUUAUGCAUUUUUGAUUGAAAAUAAGUCUGAUUCGAUUUUUUCUCCUAAUUCUUGGACAUUUUAAAUGGUCAACUGCAGUUCGAUCAGAUCAAGUUAACAAGAAUAACAAGCUGGUUUAUUGUAAAUGCUGCUGGUCAGAAUGUUUUCACAGUGGGUUCAAAAUAUGGAUGAUGCAAGUGGUUUUUUCACAAUAUAGAAUAUUGAUAAUAUUAUGCCCUCCAGAUUUGUUUUAUUUUAUUUUUUAUUUCAAAUUUUAUAAUUGACUACUGUGUAAGAUAGUGGUGGCACCAUUUACCUGCACUUGUGUUAUUUAUUAUUAUUAUUAUUAUUAUUAUUAUUAUUAUUAUUAUUAAUAAAGACAAAUGAUACAGAGCUAACAUAUUACAACUUAUGUGAUCGCCGUGUAAAAUGUUGAUCAGUUUCCAUACAGCAACUUUGGAUAGAAAUGAUGGCUGACCAAAAUGUUGAAAUAAAUAUACACCACAUCAGAAAUACAAAA